CUGUCGUGAAACUUUUGCGACAGUUGUUUGGCAGAAACACAUUUACGUCACUGUCAUGGCAGCCUACGGAGGUAGUUUUGAAAGUGUGAACAACAUCGAGGCUCGAAAAGAGUUUAAAAGGAAAGCUAGAGAGGAAGUGAUCCAACAGGCCAAAGAGAAGUAUGAGCAGGAGGAGAGGCGUAAGGAGCUGAAGAGGGCCCGCGGGGAAGACACCUGGAUGCUCCCUGAUGUCGACCUGAGGCUGCAGCAGCUGGACCAGGAAAACACAGUCAAGAGCAAGAAGAAGAAAGAGAAGUCCAAAAAGAGCAAAAAAGAGAAGAAAGAGAAGAAGAAGAGCAAAAAGGAGAAGAAGAAAGCCACCCAGGAUGCAGCAGGUUCUUCUGACAGCUCCCAGGAUUCGGAGGAUGAGUGGGUGGAAGCUCAGCCAGGCGGCCAGGAGAAGGCCUGGAAGAUCUCCAGCGCUGGCCAAUCCAGCAGCAGCAGCAGCAGCUCCACUACCAAUAUCCCCUCUGGCGACGCAGCAGCAGGUGGACAGAGAGACGAGUGGAUGACCUUUGACUUCUUGGCCAUGAAGACCACGUCGACGGUGGAGAAGCGCGCCGAGAAGGAGCGUCAGAAGGAGGAGGAGAAGCAGAAGGCUCUCGCCAUCGAGCAGGCUGGACUUCACAAGCGUGAGCUCAACCCCUUCUGGAAGGAUGGCGGGAAAGGCCUGCCCCCGGAGCAGGGUGCUGGAACUGCACCUCAAAAAGCUACUACGCUGGUUAAUGACGGUGGCCUGAGCUGGCUUAGGAAGUCUUAUCAGCGAAUGAAGGAGGAGGCUGAGAGACAGCAGCGCAGUCUGGCGGCAGUGGUGGCAGAGAGAUAUGGGUCCAUGGAAGAGUUCCAGAGGAGAUUACAGGAGGCAGAGAAGAUGGCUUACGGAGACCGGGCAGGAGGAGGCGGCGGCGGCCGCGGCGGUCGUGGUGGGGGAGGGGAGAGGGGUGAGUGGGGCAGGGAGAGAUGGAGAAGAGGUAACCAGCAAUCGGCAGGAAACAGCCGGGACAGAGCCGGAUCGCCCCCCUCCAGGGAUUGGGAGAGGAGCAGCAGGGAGCGCCAUCGUGAUCAAGACGGCGAUGAUAACCGGGCGCAGCAGCCAGCACGUGACCGCGACUGGGACCGGAAUCGGGACAGGAACGACAGCCAAGGACGCGAGCGCGAUCGAGACGGUGAUGACCGAGCGCGGCAGCCCGCACGUGACCGCGACUGGGACAGAAAUCGUGACAGGGACGACAGCCAAGGACGCCAUCGAGAUGGAGAGGACGAUGAUAGGAGACGGGGUUGGGACGCGGAGGACGACAGAAGACGUGAUCGGGACCGUGACAGAGAUGGAUGGCGACGGGACAGGGAGCGGGACGGUGACCCGGGGCGGGGCGAGGACAGGCUCUACCCGAGAGACUGGCGGAGAGACAGAGAUGGGGACAGAGACAGGGACAGAGAUGGGGACAGAGACAGAGACAGAGAUGGGGACAGAGACAGAGACAGAGAUGGGAAGAGAGACAGCAGGAGAGAUCGAGAUGAACAGGCAGGCCGAGAUGAUAGAUCCAGGGAUGACUCUGCAAGGCCUCGGCCACGUUCCUCUGAGGAUAGCCCUAGGCCUGGCCGAGACCAGGGUUCCUCUUCCUCCUCCUCAUCCUCCUCCUCCUUGUUAGGCUCUCUGAAGGGGCGCUUCCUAAAGCCCUCCGACAGAGACGAGGAUGAUGGGGCAGGUAGAUCCAGCUGGGGGGCUAGACCGUCCGCGUCCAAGGGGCUCUCUGGCUUCAUGAAGCCCAAAGAUGAUGAUGAUGAUGAUGAUGAUGGACCCACCAAUACCCUGGCCUGCAGGAAGAGCAACAGCGGCACACAAGCCAAACCUCCACAGCAGAAGCAGGAAGUUGAGAAGGACGUCAUCACAGACCGAAGGCCACAGAGUGAACAAGUGAUGCGGAAAGCUGUUUCUUCACCACGGGAGAAAAGUCAGCAGAGCAAAGCCACUGAAUCCCCAAAAAGCAGUUCCCAGAGUGAGGAGGAGGAAGAGGAGGAGGAGGAGGAGGAAGAGGUCCCCAUCUUGACCGAUGAGGAGAUGAACAAACUGGGGGCCAAACUAGUCAAGGCGGAGCUCAUGGGAAACACGGCCCUCGCUGACAAAAUCAAGGCCCAGCUGGAGGCAGCUCGCAGUGCCAAAGAGAGGCGUGCUCAGAAGCCACCAGGAAGAGCCCCGGCCAAGGUGCCAGCUGGUGGAUCAAAGGAACCGGAGGAUGUGGUUCUUUUCAGAACCGACCAAUCGGGUCGUGCCUGGCCCGUUAAUGCAGAACCUUCCGAGCCCAGAGGAGGCAGAACCAAGAAGAAAGCGAUCGAGACGCACCGUGACGGGGAGCGUGUACGUUAUUUCCAUGACGACGACAGCAUGGGUCUGCAGGAGAUGGUGAGGAGGGAGAAGAUGAGCACCGCGCAGGAUCAGAAUGCCCUCUACGCACGCAUGGCCGGCAAGAUGAUGGGCAAGACAGACGGAGACAACUACACGCUGGACGACAUGUUUGUGUCGAGCGCGGCACAGCGGGAGCGUGAGGGCGUGGACGAGGAGCGCCAGCGAGGCGCGGCCAUCGCGGAGCACCGGAGGCUGGCCGCCCGCAUGGACAAGUGCCCCUACUGCUUCGACAACCCGGAGCUGCCCAAGCACCUCAUCGUCGCCAUCGGAGCCAAGGCGUACCUGUGUCUGCCCAACAUGGUGUCUCUGACAGAGGGCCACUGUCUCAUCGCUCCCCUGCAGCACCACUGUUCAGCCACCGGCCUGGAUGAGGAUGUCUGGGCUGAGAUGCAGAUGUUCCGGCGAGCACUGGUGAAGAUGUUUGAGGACCAGGACCAGGACUGUGUCUUCAUGGAGACGCACAUGAAUCCCAAGAGACGCAUGCACAUGGUGUGGGAGUGCAUCCCCCUGGACAAAGAACUGGGGGACAUGGCACCCAUUUACUUCAAGAAAGCCAUCAUGGAGUGUGAUGAGGAGUGGGCCAUGAACAAACGAGUGGUGGACCUGUCGCAGAAAGACAUCCGGCAGGCUAUCCCCAAAGGGCUCCCGUACUUCUCUGUGGACUUUGGUCUCCAGGGUGGCUACGCCCACGUCAUCGAGAAUGAACAGAAGUUUCCUCACUACUUUGGAAAGGAAAUUUUGGGAGGUAUGAUGGACCUGGAGCCUCGGCGCUGGAGGAAACCCAUCCGGGAGAACUUUGAUGACCAGCGCAAGAAAGUGCUGCAGUUUGCCCAGUGGUGGAAGCCCUUCGACUGCACCAAGACCAAGGACUGAACCCCUCUGGGUCAUUUUAAUAUAACGUGUAAUAUAACAUGUGGAAUUACAUUGGGGUGGACAUAGUGCCCCUAUAACAUGUGGAGAUAUAGCUCCUAUAAAGCGGCAGUAUGCCUCAGGGUUUAUAUGUCCCAUGUGAGGGGAAAUGGGGCUUGGCAGACGAGACCAGGGGCGUUUAUUGGGGCGACUUACUGCUCGUCUUUGAAGACAAGACAUCGCAAUGCAAACAGGCUUUCCACCCAAAUCCCCCUCUUUUUUUCUAUUUGUUUUCAGUGUAAACGUGUCAAAAUAAAGAUUCCACAUGGAAAGAUUCUCCCCCAAACCCUCACUUGUCCGGCAGCACCCAAUGUCCAAACAACAAUAAAAAUGCAAUUUCAGCUUA